AUGGCGAGCGAUCGUCACAGCAGUGACGCCGCAGCGUCAUCCGCGCCAAUGCGCUCGCCCCUAGAACAGGUCCACCUCCUGCUCGUCUCGCUCCUACGCUGGUGGCCCUACGCGCCGCAUGAGCGAACCACUUCGGUUCUGCUUUGUGGCCCCACCUCAAAUGGGAAGAGCCAUCUCGUUCAUCGUGUCGCAGACGCUGUCAAUGCGUGCACAGACACCGCGAUGGGUGAGGUAGUCCACGUUUCAGAGAAAGAGCAGGGCCAGGCAGUACCUCGUCGAGUGUCAGCGGACCACACCGCGGCACCCACACCAACCUCGGACUUGCUUCAAGAGCAACGGCGCACUCACGUCGUGACGGUUAUUCCUCCUCUCGCCAAGGCUGUGGCAGUCCACAACGCUCACGACAGCAGCACAGGGCUGCGUCGGCUGCUUCGUCGCACCAUCUUUGAUGCGUGUGUCGAGUACCGUCGCGAAAGUGCCACCAACUCAUGUUCAGCCAAUGGCCAGCCCACCAUCACCACCACACCGCCGACGGAAAUCGCCGUCUUGCUUGUCUUGGACCACAUUGAGUGCUACCUGCAGGAAGAUGACGCGUACAUUCACGACGGCGGCAGCGGAACUGCAGAUUCGACGACGCGGCAAAGCUGCGGUGUAGGUGAACCGUCUCGCGAUGGCACCAGCGCGCAGAGGAUGAACACGCUUUACCCAGCCCUCCUCGCCGAUCUUUACACGGUGUUGCGCAGCUGUCCGCCUCUCUUCUCGCAGCACGAGUGCGCCACGCUGCGCCUGGUGCGCCUCGUCUCCGUUGCCCUCUUCACGGGAAGGCUGGACGAGGUUCUUCCUGUUGUUCGGCACCGUUACGUCGACUACGCCGUCGCCAUGCCCACUCCAACAGAGGCGGCGCGGCGCGCGUUCUUUCUACCAUACGCCACCACGUGUACUGCUGGUCAGGCGCAGCCGCCGUUGUCGCUGCCGAUGGUGGAUGCGUUGGCCCUUCGCACCGGCGGCGUGUCGUACGGAGGACUGCAAGAGGUGCUCUGCCUCGCGCUCGACUACUGCGCCGCAUCGCCGUCCCGUCUUUCCCUCUCCCCUUCCUCCGCCUCAGGCGCUGUCGAGUGGGAUGAACAGGUGGCCGGUGCCGCGGCUCAGGCGAUUCUUCAGGCCUACACAUCUAGUGGCUCCGUCACGGCCUUGGAGUAUCGCCGCAGCGCCGGCUUCGUCGACGUGCAGGUGACGCGGUGGGACGAUAUCGCUGGAAUGGCGCACGUGAAGGAGACGUUGAAGCGGCUGAUUACCGAUCCGAUUCGGCAUCGCGACACGUACCGGCGCUUCCGCGUGCGCCCCUCCACCGGGGUGUUGCUCCACGGCCCUCCCGGUACCGGCAAGACGAUGCUAGCCAAGGCCAUGGCGACCGAGCUGAACGCCUCCUUCGUGUACAUGGACCUACCCAAGCUGGUGCAGGCGGAGGUAGGCGAGUCGGAGAGGCGGCUGCAGGAAUACUUCGAUAUCGCGCGCGAGCGCAGUCCCUCGCUUGUGUUCAUGGACGAGGUACAAGCUGCCUUUGGGCUGCGCUACGCGAACACUGCUGAUGUGCAUCGGCGUCGGCCAAGGUCCUCAGCGGCUGACAGUGGUGGUCGGGACGAGGGCGCCUCUGCUCCUUCCACUGCCACUGCGCACGAUGCCCGCCUUGUGUCUCACCUUCUUCGCCUGCUGGACGCCGCGCAGCAGGAUGAGGAGCACUUCGUGCUCUUCGUUGGCGCCACGAACGUCGUCCACUUGUUGGACCCGCUCCUUCUACGCGCCGGUCGACUGGACACGCUCUUGGAGGUGCCGCCUCCGGACGCCGCGGCUCGCAAGAGUCUUGUACGACGCGUCGUGUACGGAGAAUGGGCCCAUUGGCUUUGCGAGCGGGAAAGCGAUACCACCUUGGUGAGCUCAGAUGGCGGCUCCGUUGCCGCCGCUGCGCCGAUCGACGCAACGCAGCCGGAAAAUCUGCGCGCGGCCCUCGUGGAGGCGUUUGUGCGCCGUUCCAACGGCUUCAGCGGCGCUGAGGUGCGCAACUUCACGUCGGUGUUCGGUCUCCAGCUCGCACGUGCUGUAAGUCGCAACCUGGAGGUGGCGCAAGAGGCGGUGGUUGACGAGGAGCUGGACGGCACCGUGACCACUCACGGCCCGCGGACGGAGCAGCGCAAAAGGCAGUUGUGUCUGCGCCGUGCCAUCACCGCCUUCCUUGCCACAAGCGGAGGAACCGAAGCGGGGCUCAGCUGUGAGGCACUGGCGCUGCUGGAUGACGCUCACAAGAAGUGUGCCGUGUAG